UGGCAGGCCUCCUCCCUCAAGAAUUGGCAUUUCAGCAGUCCAUUUAUAGGCAAAAAAAGAGCGACUAAUUUCCUGACUAAUUUUACACAGAAGCGGAGGGUAAGGAAAGCUCCGCCCACUCCUGCCUCCUGAGUGAUACAGCCAAUAUUUAUCACAACGUCAAUCAAUUUUUUGUAUCAGCCAAUCGGGGGCGAAUGCCUGCGUGGUGACCUCAGAGUCCAGCCUGCAAAAAGAGCUUGCACACGUUUAGGGCGGAAGGAGGGAAUCGUCAGAACGUAAGCUGUGAGGAAGUAACUAGAGCAGCCGGAAUAAUGUGUGACUUCUCGGAAGAUCAGACCGCUGAGUUCAAGGAGGCUUUCCAGCUCUUUGACAGAACUGGAGAUGGCAAGAUCCUCUACAGCCAGUGUGGCGAUGUGAUGAGAGCCCUGGGCCAGAACCCUACCAAUGCUGAAGUCAUGAAAGUUCUGGGGAACCCCAAGAGUGAUGAAAUGAAUAUGAAGACGCUGAGCUUUGAGCAGUUCUUACCCAUGAUGCAAACCAUUGCUAAGAACAAGGAUCAGGGCUGCUUCGAGGAUUACGUAGAGGGACUGAGGGUCUUUGACAAGGAGGGGAAUGGCACUGUCAUGGGAGCAGAGAUACGUCAUGUGCUUGUCACCCUAGGGGAGAAGAUGACGGAGGAAGAAGUAGAGAUGCUUGUGGCUGGCCACGAAGACAGCAAUGGCUGCAUUAACUAUGAAGCAUUUGUGAGACACAUCUUAUCAGGGUGAAUUCGAAUGGGAGUUGGUGCGGAUGGUUCUGAGCGGCUGAAGAUCAUCUCUAGCUUCUCCUGUGAACCUCCUUCUCCAAUUUAUCCUUAAAAUGUUUGUGCCUUUUUUAUCUGUGUCUGAAACUACUUUUGGUUUCCUCUUCUCCGACCUCUUGAUUUAGUCCUUGGGGUAGGGACUAAGGAAGGAAAAAAACUAUUGUCUAAAGAGGGGUGCUCCUGAAAUGCAAGGAAGUUAAUGUGUUGCUGGCUUGUCUUGCAUCACUUUAUGUCCAGAAGCUUUCAGCUUAUUCUUCCUCUCGAUUGCUUUAAUAAACUGUUCCCAAACGUU